GCUUGCAGUAGCACAAUCCAUCGCAUCAUCCAAGAUUUAGCUUCCCUCCAAAGGCAAGGUCGUAGUGCUUUACUCCAGGAAAUUAAAGUUUUAGUGGUGGCAUAUAACAUCCCCACCAGACUGUUCCCAGACUGGUACGUGGCAACGGCGACGUCUCCCAUGACGUGCCCACGAGACUCGACGCGGUCACAGUCUACGGCAGAGGUGGUCGCCGAGUGCCUUACCCACCUACUCAAACUGACGUCCUGCCUUCAGACGUUUGAGGAUGACAGUGAGGAUACGGAGGAGAGCAUACACGCUCUUGAACCUGAGCUGCUCAUCCCGGUGGAGACAGUUAACUAUUUGUGUAAUGCUGAAGAAUGUGCAAGUCCAGAAGAUUUUCUGAGAAUUUAUUUAAGUCCUUCACAACUUGCCCUGGAUUCAGGUACACCGCAUGCAGCUUGA